CCCGCCCCGGGGGGAGGGCGAGGGCGGCCAGCCAUGACGGGCGGCGGCGCGGCGUUCCGCCGUCGGUGCUAGAGGGCGACCGCGGGGCGCGGAACCCGCCUGGCUCGGCGGCGCGGAGCGCGGAGGCAGCGCGGAGGGGCCGCCGCCGCCGCCGCCGCCAUGGGCAACGCGGGGAGCGUGGACUCGCAGCAGACGGAGUUCAGGGCGCACAGCGUCCCCCUCAAGCUGCCCAUGCCCGAGCCCGGCGAGCUGGAGGAGCGCUUUGCCGUCGUCUUGAAUGCGAUGAACUUGCCGCCUGACAAAGCCCGGCUGCUGAGGCAGUACGACAACGAGAAGAAGUGGGAGCUCAUCUGCGACCAGGAAAGAUUUCAAGUGAAGAAUCCUCCGCACACAUACAUCCAGAAGUUGAAAGGCUAUCUGGACCCGGCUGUAACCAGGAAGAAAUUCAGAAGACGAGUCCAAGAGUCCACUCAGGUACUCCGAGAACUGGAAAUUUCUUUAAGAACGAAUCACAUCGGAUGGGUCAGGGAGUUCCUGAAUGAAGAAAACAAAGGCCUGGAUGUUCUGGUGGAGUACUUGUCGUUUGCACAGUAUGCAGUCACGUUUGACUUUGAAAGUUUGGAGAACAAUGUGGAAAACUCGAUGGACAAGUCCAAACCUUGGAGCCGAUCGAUUGAGGACCUGCACAGGGGCAGUAAUUUACCCUCGCCAGUUGGCAACAGCAUUUCCCGCUCUGGCAGACACUCAACUCUACGGUAUAACACGUUGCCAAGCCGAAGAACACUAAAAAAUUCCAGAUUAGUGAGUAAAAAAGAUGAUGUUCAUGUCUGCAUCAUGUGUUUACGGGCCAUAAUGAAUUACCAGUAUGGAUUCAAUAUGGUCAUGUCACAUCCACACGCCGUUAAUGAAAUUGCACUAAGUUUGAACAACAAGAAUCCCAGGACAAAGGCCCUUGUCUUGGAACUUCUAGCGGCUGUUUGCCUCGUCAGAGGAGGGCAUGAAAUCAUUUUGUCUGCGUUCGAUAACUUUAAGGAGGUUUGUGGAGAGAAACAGCGCUUUGAGAAGCUGAUGGAGCACUUCCGAAAUGAAGACAACAACAUAGACUUCAUGGUGGCCUGCAUGCAGUUCAUCAACAUCGUUGUCCACUCCGUGGAAGACAUGAACUUCAGAGUCCACCUCCAGUAUGAAUUCACAAAGCUUGGCCUGGAUGAGUAUUUGGAUAAGCUGAAACACACAGAGAGUGACAAACUGCAGGUGCAAAUUCAAGCUUACCUGGAUAACGUUUUUGAUGUGGGAGCUUUACUGGAGGAUGCGGAAACCAAGAAUGCAGCCUUGGAAAGAGUUGAAGAACUGGAAGAAAACAUUUCCCAUUUAUCGGAAAAACUCCAAGACACGGAGAACGAAGCCAUGGCAAAGAUUGUGGAACUGGAAAAACAGCUUAUGCAAAGAAACAAAGAACUGGAUGUGAUUCGGGAAAUCUACAAAGACGCAAAUACCCAGGUUCACACUUUGAGAAAAAUGGUGAAGGAAAAAGAAGAAGCCAUCCAGCGACAGUCAACGCUGGAGAAAAAGAUCCAUGAACUGGAGAAGCAGGGAACCAUUAAGAUCCAGAAGAAAGGCGAUGGUGACAUCUCUAUCCUUCCUGUUGCUCUGGCCUCUGGGAUGGUGCCAGCAGGGUCGGAGGCUGUGGCUGGCACAUGUGUCGCACCGGUCGCUGGAGCUGCAUCUUCAGUACCAUUGCCACCACCUCCACCACCAUUACCCACCUUAGCAGCGCCAUCUGAGGCAGUGCAAAACGGUCCUGUGUCAGUGCCGAUGCCGCCUCCGCCGCCGCCUCCACCGCCGCCUCCGCCGCCGCCACCUCCUCUCCCAGGUCCGGCUUUGGAGACGGCUCCUGCGGCUCCGCUGCCCCCCCCGCCGCCGCCGUCGGCACCCCCCCUGCCCGGGACAGCCUCUCCCACCGUGGUCUUCAACUCAGGGCUUGCAGCUGUGAAAAUCAAGAAGCCGAUCAAGACCAAGUUCCGCAUGCCGGUGUUCAACUGGGUCGCCCUCAAACCCAACCAGAUCAACGGGACGGUCUUCAACGAAAUAGAUGAUGAAAGGAUCCUGGAGGAUUUAAAUGUGGAUGAAUUUGAAGAAAUAUUCAAAACAAAAGCCCAAGGUCCAGCCAUUGAUCUUACUUCAAGCAAGCAAAAGAUAACUCAAAAAGGGUCAAACAAAGUCACGUUACUGGAUGCCAACAGGGCCAAAAAUCUUGCCAUCACUUUAAGAAAAGCUGGAAAGACAGCAGAUGAAAUAUGCAAAGCUAUUCACGUGUUCGACCUGAAAACGUUGCCGGUGGAUUUUGUUGAAUGCCUCAUGCGGUUCCUGCCCACCGAGAACGAAGUGAAAGUGCUGCGGCUCUACGAGCGGGAGAGGAAACCCAUCGAGAACCUCUCCGACGAAGACCGGUUCAUGAUGCAGUUCAGCAAGAUCGAGAGGCUGAUGCAGAAGAUGACCAUCAUGGCGUUUAUAGGCAACUUUGCAGAAAGCAUCCAGAUGCUGACCCCACAACUUCACGCAAUAAUAGCUGCAUCUGUCUCAAUAAAGUCAUCCCAAAAGCUUAAGAAAAUACUGGAGAUAAUCUUGGCUCUUGGAAACUACAUGAACAGCAGUAAACGAGGAGCUGUGUAUGGAUUUAAGCUACAGAGUUUAGACCUGCUCCUAGAAACAAAGUCGACAGACCGAAAGCAGACCCUGCUGCACUAUAUUUCUAAUGUGGUCAAGGAGAAGUACCAGCACGUGUCCCUCUUUUACAACGAACUUCAUUACGUGGAGAAGGCAGCUGCAGUGUCUCUUGAAAACGUCCUCUUGGACGUGAAGGAGCUGCAGAGGGGCCUGGAUCUGACGAAGCGCGAGUAUACCAUGCAUGACCACAACACGAUGCUGAAGGAGUUCAUUCAGAACAACGAAGGGAAGCUAAAGAAACUGCAGGAUGAUGCCAAAAUAGCCCAGGAUGCCUUUGAUGAUGCUGUGAAGUACUUCGGGGAGAAUCCCAAGACGACACCCCCCUCGGUCUUUUUCCCAGUGUUUGUCCGGUUUGUGAAGGCCUACAAGCAAGCAGAAGAAGAGAAUGAGUUGAGAAAAAAGCAGGAACAGGCCUUAAUGGAAAAACUUAUGGAGCAGGAAGCAUUGAUGGAGCAACAGGACCAAAAGUCUCCUUCACAUAAAACAAAGAGGCAGCAGCAGGAGCUGAUCGCAGAGCUCCGGCGGCGGCAAGUCAAGGAUAACAGGCAUGUGUACGAAGGGAAGGAUGGUGCUAUCGAAGAUAUUAUAACAGCCCUAAAGAAGAAUAAUAUCACUAAAUUUCCAAAUGUUCACUCGAGGAUCUUAGAAACCAGCCGUACCGACGGGCCGACGCGGUGAGGAGAAGCGUCCGGCGGCGCUUUGAUGAUCAGAACUUGCGCUCUGCAAACGGUGCUGAAAUAACCAUGUGAGCUGGAGACCUGCAGGUGUCAAGGAAAGGGGGUGCUCGAAUGAUACCUUGUCCGUGUGAUCUCUAUGUUCUGCCACUCAUUUACAGCCUUGGGAACAGUAAAAUUUACCUUCUGAAGGGCUCAAAGACCUAGAAAACGCAUAGGAACGUCCGCGAUGAGCUCUCCACUCGACCGUAGCUAACAAGUGCCUAAAAUUGAAGUACCUGCUCAAAUUAAUCAAAGCAAUAGGACUUGAUUUGAUUGGGUAUAUUUUUACACCAAUACAUUAUUCAGUGUGUUUAACCAAAAUGUAAAAAAUACGUCUUGUUUUUUUUUGGGGGUGUUUAGUUUGGUUUGACGAUAUAAAAAUUUAGUGACUGGUCUCCUGCGGACCUGACCUGCAUCCCGACUGGUUGUAAACAGGUAAUGCUUGGACGUGCUCUGCUUUUAAAUGCAUUCCUGUGCUGUCCGCCGAGGGGUUAACCUUGGCUUCAGCUGCACUUACUGGCUUUUGGGUUUGGUUGUUUUGUUUGUUUGUUUGUUUUAAAAAGAGAGACAUUUAAGGGCUUUCUAUCUGUAACAUGGAAAUAAUUCCAAGAGGAGACCCGUACCUUUUCCCACCACGCACGUCGGCGCUCCCGAGGCGUGCGGCAAACCGAGGCGCGUCUUCACCUGGAGGUUGCGGCGGCUGCAGCGCGCGACGUGCCGGGGCGCGGCCGCACGGCGAGCGCGCGGCGCGAGAAGGGUGGCUAAGGCAUGGCUGUGUCCUUCAGCUAGAGGCAGCUUUUGAAAUAACAGCGUAUUUAUUAAUUAGCACUAAGGUAUUAACAUCUCAGUAAUCAGUAUUAGGAGUCCGGGGAGCGUUGCGGGUCAGUUACUCGCGCAGAGAAGCGUCCUGUGCCCUGCUCCCUAGGAUUCAUGCCCAGCUCCAACAACCCAGUCCAGAUUCCCUGCUGAGGGGCAGCUGGUCGGCGACGGGAAGCCCAGCCUAUAAAAUCCCGGUAGGUUAUCGGCCGUACGUUCCUUUUAAAAGCUUAAAAUAAGGGAGCGGAGCCUGACUUCAGCGGCGUUACGCGCCCCCGCUGCCACUCCGCAGCGGUGCCCCGAGCAGCGAGGUGAAGCCGAACGCGUGCCGCCAGGGUACGCCGUCUUCUCAGAAGCGAAGAACUGGACUGGAGAGAAAUUUGUCCUUUCAGAGAUACAUUUUUUCGCUUACAGCUUCCCUUUCCUGGUCUCAUUGCAUCAAUAUGUUAAUUGUAAAAUUUAUUGUAUAGUAUUUAACCACUGAAUUUCUUUUUUCUUUUAUAUUGUGCUUAUGUGAACCACUGGUGAAGGUCCCUUUUUUGUUUGUUUGUUGUUUUGGUUUUCUUGGAUCAUGUGUAGUUAUAUGAUAAUCUGUUUUUAAAUGUACAGAUAUUUUGCUACAAAAUUGGUGCAGUUUUUUAUGGUUUUUACACUUCUCUCUUAUUCCCACUUUAGCCUCUGGGUAAUAUUGUAAAUAUUGUUUAAAAAAAAAAAAAUGCAUCAGCCUGUGCUAUACAAUCUGAAUGUUAUUUUAACUUAUAGUUUUUGUUUUUAUAUUUAACUAAAUGGACAGUUGGGGGCUCAAGGUUACCACGUUGACCUCUGCUUACCUAUUUACGGGAAGUUUACUUUAAAAACUGCCACCUUCUUGCAUUUACAGCGACGUGUACUUGACAUGCUAAAGAGAACAUGCCACAGCGCCUCCUCCGUCACUGACAGCGAUGGAAGAGGUUGGUUGGGGUUUUUUUUUUAAUCUGCAUAAGAAAAUUUGACAAUUAAUUAAUUUAAUAAAUUGUUAGGCAAACAGUUAAAAGCGCUAGAGCUCACAUUCUUAAGCUCAAAGGUAUUUUUUUAAUUGAAGGCACAAAUUCUGAUGCAACUAGACGACGACGCUGGCAUGUUCUCUUUAAUAUUUUUCUAGUAAUAGACCUGCUUCUUAGCAAUAUUAGAAGUGUUUUAUAAAAGCAGUUCAUGUUACUUUCCUGGUCUGUUCCUGGCAUAAGAUCAAAUAAACUAUUUACACUACUAGA